AUGUGUCUGAAUGAGAAGGAGAUGACUGGGCAGCAGGGCCUGGUGAUCUGCAGGCACAGUGGUCUCAGGUUUAGCGUGAAGUGGUGCCUGAUUGAGCCAGAGUCUUCCCUGGAGGGUGUUCAUAUAGUCCAUGCUUUAAAGAAAAAACUGUCACUAAAGGCUCAGCCACAAUGCUUUAGGAUCCCCUCUGAAAGGACCUACUCAUGUGAAGGUGAAGGAUUGUCCUCACCUUCCUUGUGGACAGGAAUACCUCGAGAACACUGGCAGGAGUAUGGUCCAGAGACCAUAGGCAAUGCAAAAGAAAUUGUUUUAAAAGCCCAGAUCUUAGCUGGAGGAAGAGGAAAAGGUGUCUUCAAUAGUGGUUUGAAAGGAGGUGUUCAUUUAACAAAAGACCCAAAUGUUGUGGGACAGUUGGCUAAACAGAUGAUUGGGUACAAUCUAGCGACAAAACAAACUCCAAAAGAAGGUGUGAAAGUUAACAAGGUGAUGGUUGCUGAAGCCUUAGACAUUUCCAGAGAAACUUACCUGGCAAUUCUGAUGGACCGGUCCUGCAAUGGCCCCGUGCUGGUGGGCAGCCCUCAGGGGGGCGUCGACAUUGAAGAGGUGGCUGCUUCAAACCCAGAGCUCAUUUUUAAGGAGCAAAUUGACAUUUUUGAAGGAAUAAAGGACAGCCAAGCUCAGCGGAUGGCAGAAAAUCUAGGCUUCGUUGGGCCUUUGAAAAGCCAGGCUGCAGAUCAAAUUACGAAGCUGUAUAAUCUCUUCCUGAAAAUUGAUGCUACUCAGGUGGAAGUGAAUCCCUUUGGUGAAACUCCAGAAGGACAAGUUGUCUGUUUUGAUGCCAAGAUAAACUUCGAUGACAAUGCAGAAUUCCGACAAAAAGACAUAUUUGCUAUGGACGACAAAUCCGAGAAUGAGCCCAUUGAAAAUGAAGCUGCCAAAUAUGAUCUAAAAUACAUAGGACUAGAUGGGAACAUUGCCUGCUUUGUGAAUGGUGCUGGGCUCGCCAUGGCUACUUGUGAUAUCAUUUUCCUCAAUGGUGGGAAGCCAGCCAACUUCUUGGAUCUUGGAGGUGGUGUAAAGGAAGCUCAAGUAUAUCAAGCAUUCAAAUUGCUCACAGCUGAUCCUAAGGUUGAAGCCAUCCUUGUCAAUAUUUUUGGUGGUAUUGUCAACUGUGCCAUCAUUGCCAAUGGGAUAACCAAAGCCUGCCGGGAGCUAGAACUCAAAGUGCCCCUGGUGGUCCGGCUUGAAGGAACCAAUGUCCAAGAGGCCCAGAAGAUACUCAACAAUAGCGGACUCCCCAUUACUUCAGCUGUUGACCUGGAGGAUGCAGCCAAGAAGGCUGUGGCCAGUGUGGCCAAGAAGUGAUGUCUUUGUCCUGAUCCGAUGGAGAAAGAAAGCCUUUUUUCCAUAAAAAGGGAUGAUUCAUCAUUGUGAAAUAAAUGGUUAUCUCAUUGGGGAAGAAAAGGUGGGGGAGAAGGCAAGAAUCACUGAAAAAUCUUAAAUCUCUGUUUUCUGGAAUAAGAUAUCUAGACAGCCUAAAUCCGAUUUUAGUCUUUAUAAAAAUAAUGUCUUGAGUUCUCAUACUUUUCUGUCACUGCAAGCCUGCUCAGUAGGCAGUGUUUUGCAGACUUUGGGGAGCGGUCUAUGUGGCCAAAUAUUGUGUGUAUAGGCAGAGUUUGAAAUCAGGUCCUGCUUCAUUUACAAGAAUUUUAGUGGGCAUCUAAUCCUACAUAAUGAAAAAGAAAAACAGACCAUUUAAAAACUCAGGCACGAUUAUAUUUAAUAUAUUAAUUACUAAAAAGGCACAAGAUUACACUGAACACAUUAGCUACUAAAAAGGCACUGCUAAGACAUUCAAGCAAAUAGCUAUUACACACUGCAGCAGAUUUUACAGGUUUCUAAUUCCAACAUAUGUUUGAAAAAUCCAUGAGUGUUCCAAAAUAUAUUUAAUAAUGGAAGGUCUGCAUUAAUAUACCAUCCAUGUGUUUUUACCAUUUGCCUUAAUAUUGAAUAUACUGUUUACCUCACACUAAAAAGAAAACCAGAAGCCUUAUUUGUGAUUUUGGAGUGGAAGCUUCCAUUUUUGUGUCAAAAAUGAAUCCUGAUUCUUAUGGAAAUCUCUGUUAUUAAGUCAUUUCAAGAUGAGACAACACUGAAGAUCAAAUUGUGUUGGGUAUCAGUACCUUCUCUCCUCAUUUAUCUCUUACUCCUCAUCCUCCCAGAAUCUAUCAGUUUAUGAUAGAAAGAUGGGAACCUUAUUUGAAUGUGGGUUUUUUUCCAUGAUGUCCAAUUUUGUUGUGGGAAAGGAUUUGCAUAAAGUUUUUGUUUAAAUUUUGGUAGAUUUUUAUCUAUACAAAUUUAAAUAAAAUUAUGUUUUGUAAGCUGAAA